GUGCGGCUGCCGGCUGUCGCUCCGCCCUCCGCCAGCCUCGCCUCCCGGAGACUAUCCCGUUAGCUACUUCACUCGGCGAUGCAUAUUUACCCCAGUGCCGCAAGACUGCUCCGCAAAAUUAGAGAAGAGGGCCGGGAAGAAAGAAAAAUAUGUAAAGUUAUUUACUCUGACGUCAAUUAGUGCACAAAAUGGCGAGACAGGCGCGGAUAAAAUAGCUGUUUGUUUGCAGAACAAUAUUGUUAAGAACUACAAUUUCUUCAUGUGGGACCGAUGAGACAACUGGAAACGCAACGAUCUUGGCUGUUUUAAAAAAAUGAUUGCGAUCGGCAACAAUUUGUAAGCGGCAACUUUUUGUAUAAUUUUUUCCAGCUACUCAGUUGGAGGCAUCAUGUUUCUCGAUGGAAAGUAAUGAGGUCGCGUCUCGGCAUCGCGUUCAAUCCGAACCGCACUGCAACUUCUUCCGUCGCGUUGGACAGUUACAAAUAAAGAAAACCGACACAAUGUUUUUCCUGUAACUGCAACAUGGCAGUCCUUUAAGACUGUACCCGAACUACCGUCGGAUGUAUAGCUACAUUGCCUGGACUCAUUUUAAGGGAUGUUAUCCAUGGAUGCAAAUAGGAGAAAUAUUAUUACCCUUAGGUAACACUACUUGUUUAGCAAGCUAAUGUACUUCGAUCAAAACCUAAACAUGUAUGAUAAUCGUCCAAUAUAGCAAAGCAAUAGCCUUCACCGCAAAUAAUAUCGGGUGUUUCAUUUCAUUUGCAUUAUAUUUAACCUGUACGUAUAUUUAUUUAAUCAUGGCUGUGAGGUCAAGAAGACCCUGGAUGAGCGUUAUUGUCGGGGUGUUCCUUGGAUUUACUGCGGCGUCUUGGCUCAUUGUUCCCCGGGUCUUGGAAAUCAGUGGCAAGAGGAGAAAAUCUAAUAUGUGCUCCUACUACGGUAAUGCCGGGAGCGUGGGUAAAGUGCGGGAUAUGGAGGAGAGCACGGCGAGCAGCAAUGCGUGGCAGAAGGACAGGAGCCCCAUGUCCAGCCAGGAGGCGAGCGAGGAGGAGGGGGAAAGCAUGCACAGAUCCAGCAACGACAGCGGGCAUGGAGGAGAUCCCUUCCCGCAGCCCAGGAAUUUCCUAUACGUCGGUGUCAUGACGGCCAAAAAGUACCUGGAUUCACGGGCCGUGGCUGCCCAUAGGACGUGGACCAGAACCAUCCCCGGGAAGGUGGAGUUCUUCUCCAGCGAGAGAUCAGAAACGGUGCCGCUGCCCGUCUCCUUACCCGUGGUGUCCCUGCCGGGGGUGGACGAUUCCUACCCUCCGCAGAAGAAGUCGUUCAUGAUGCUGAAGUACAUGCACGACCAUUACCUGGAUAAGUACGAGUGGUUCAUGCGGGCGGAUGACGAUGUCUAUAUCCGAGGGGACAAACUGGAGAGCUUCCUGCGGUCUCUGAACAGCACAAAGCCGCUCUACUUGGGCCAGACGGGCCUGGGCACCACCGAGGAGCUGGGCAAGCUGGCCCUCGAACCAGGGGAGAAUUUUUGCAUGGGGGGGCCGGGCAUGAUCUUCAGCAGGGAGGUUCUGCGGAGGAUGGUGCCCCACAUCGGAGCCUGUCUGCGGGAGAUGUACACCACCCAUGAGGACGUGGAGGUGGGACGCUGCGUACGGAGGUUCGGGGGCACCCAGUGCGUCUGGUCCUACGAGAUGCAGCAGCUGUUCUAUGAAAACUACGAGCACAACAAGAAGGGCUUCAUCCAAGAGCUCCACAGCAGCAAGAUCCACAACGCCAUCACCCUUCACCCCAACAAGAAGCCUGCCUAUCAGUACCGGCUGCACAGCUACAUGCUGGCCCGGCGCAUCUCUGAGUUGCGGCACCGCAGCAUCCGGCUACACCGCGAAGGCAUGGCCAUGAGCAAGCUAAGCGACACCGAGGCUCGGCGUGAGGACCAGCAGCUCGGCGCGAUGCCCUCUUACACCCGCUUCCAACCCACCAGCCGAGCCGACGUCAUCGAGUGGGAUUUCCUGACGGGGCGGCACAUCUACUCUGCAGGUGAGAACCAGAUGCCCCGGCAGGGCCAGGGGAAUGCCCUCCGCGGUGCCCUGGAAGACACUGUGCUCCAGGUUAUGGAAAUGAUCAAUGAGAACUCGAAGGCCCGUGGGCGCGUGAUCGACUUCAAAGAGAUCCAGUAUGGCUAUCGGAGGGUGGACCCCUUGCAUGGGGCAGAGUACAUUCUGGACCUCCUGCUCCUCUACAAGAAGCACAAGGGGAGAAAGGUGACAGUUCCCGUCCGCCGCCAUGCCUACCUGCAGCAGUCCUUCAGCAAACCUUUCUUCACCGAGGCCGAGGAUCUGGACGUAACCGAGCUGGUGGAUGCCAUCAACUCACAGUCCUUCUCGUUUCUGUCCAACUCCCUGAAGAUCUUCUCACCUUUCCAGUAUACCGAGUCGACCAAAGAGAUGCUUGAACGCAGCCAGAAGAAGAUCCACUUCCUCGUCCCCCUGACGGGGAGGUAUGACGUCUUUGUACGGUUUAUGAAGAACUUUGAGAAGAUGUGUCUUAUCCCCAGUCAGAACGUCAAAUUAACUGUGAUAUUGGUAGAUAAUGACAGCAACCAAGACAGAGAAAAACAUAUAGAGCUGAUCAGGGAAUAUCACCACAAGUAUCCCAAGGCCGACCUGUCAGUCAUCCCAAUGACUGGCGAUUUCUCCAGGGGCCAGGCUCUGCAAAUGGGCUCGUCGCAACUGGAUAAUAACACCCUGUUGUUCUUCUGUGACGUGGAUCUCAUCUUCACCACCGACUUCCUGCAGCGUUGCCGGGACAACGCGAUCCAAGGCAGGCAGGCCUACUUUCCCAUCAUCUUCAGUCAGUAUGACCCUAAAAUCGUCUACGCGGGCAGCCCGCCUGACAACAGCGAUUUCAUCUUCACCAAGAAAAGUGGCUUCUGGAGAGACUACGGCUUUGGCAUCUCCUGCAUAUUCAAAGGCGACCUAAUGACGGCUGGCGGCUUUGACACAUCAAUCCAGGGCUGGGGACUGGAGGAUGUAGACUUGUUCACGAAAGUCAUAAACUCUGGAUUAAAGGUGUUCCGCGGUCAGGAGACUGGCAUCAUCCACAUUUACCAUCCAGUUCACUGUGACACUAACUUAGAUCCAAAGCAAUACAAAAUGUGCUUAGGGUCUAAGGCAAGUACUUACGCAUCCACAAUACAGCUAGCCGAACUAUGGCUGGAAAAACAUUUAGGAAUUGGGUACAACAGAACUUCCUCCUGACAUCCCUGCUCCAUUCUCCUCCUAUGGAGUUUACCUCAAUUCUGCAUUCAUGUGGAAAAACGUUGCCGAGGUGCGAGCAAAUUCUUGGGUACUUUCGGGGUGACUUUGUGCAAUGUGGUUUUUUUUUGUCAUUCCCUUUUCUUUAAUCGUCUUUGCUUUCCAUGGUUUGCGAUUCCCAUUGCCGUCUUCCAAAGGCCUUUUUCCGUGCAUACGCAAUAGCUGUGAUAAUGCCCCCCUAUUCCCCCCCC